GAUUAUAAUUGUUUAAAUGUAACAAGCAUUCGAGCAACAGUGGUCAGUUUUAUUUUAUCCAUAAGUAAGUUCAGUUCACAUUUGAUAAAAAAUUUUCGUCAAUAUAUAUAUGUAAAAAUUAAUUGUGAAGUUUUAAUUAAAUUUAAUAAACUUAUAAAAAAAUAAAUAUGUCAAAACAUCUAAAACUUGGAUUGAUUAUUUUCAAUUUGGUGAUUUUAACAGCGUUUCAUCGAGGUGAUGCGCUUGAAUGUUAUGUUUGUCAUGGGGAAGAUGAUUGUUUGAAAGACUAUCCAUCAGAAAUAUGUAUAGCUGAUGUAACAACAACUGAAUCGAGUGAAGAAGAAACAACAAAACUCACUACAGAAAAUGAUUCUUUAACGACUACAGAAGAUGAAGCUUCAUCACCAGCAACUACAGAAGCUGAAGCUUCAUCACCAACAACUACAGAAGCUGAAGAUUCAUCAACGACUACAGAAGCUGAAAAUUCAUCAACGACUAUAAAAGCUGAAGAUUCAUCAUCAACGACUACAGAAGCUGAAGAUUCAUCAACGACUACAGAAGCUGAAGAUUCAUCAUCAACGACUACAGAAGCUGAAGAUUCAUCAACAAUUACAGCACCUGGGCAAGGAGCUUCUGACACCAAUAACUACUCAGUUAAACAGCUAUAUAGAAAUAACGUAAAAUCAAGAAGAAGAAGACGUUUUGCUUUAUCAACAAGAGAAGAAUCUUGGUCAUGUUUUAAAUCUGUUGAAGGUGAAAAAGUAAUUGAAAGAGGUUGCAUUAAUAGUGAUCCACCAAAAGAUUCAACAUACGAAUUAUGCCAAAGUGAUAAAUGCAAUCCUGCCCCAAGUAUUCAUCUUAAUUUUACACUCAUUUCAAUGAUCUUAACACUAACAAUUGCUUACUACAUAUUUUAAUUAAAUUUAUAUAAAUAAGUAAUAAAAUUUAAUUAAAGUUAAUUAUUUUCAAAUAUUUUUUAUUAAUUAAUUUUAAUUAACAGAGAUUGUUAGUAAUGGUAAUUUAGAAAAUAAUUGAAGUGAAAAUUUUCAAUGGAAAUGACAUUUGUAUAAUUGUAACAUUAUAAGCCUUUCCAAGACUCAUUUUUACACAAUGGAGUAAGAUAUUUUUUCAAGUUAAUCUAGAAAUGAGCUGAUGAGUGAGUGUCAACCUGAUUGUUCAUGAGUACUCGUUUUUUUUUUUUAUGUUCUUUUUUCGUAAGCUUGUCAUAAAACAAAAAAAAAAAAUAAUAAUAAUCAGAAAAGUAAUUAAAAUUGUAUCUCAUAAGUCUUAAUUCAUUUUGACAGUAUCAUUUUUUUAUUAUAAAAUUUAACCAGCAUUAAUUUAUAUCUUUAAAGCUA